AUGUUUUCCACAACAGUCCUCAUCGUAGCUGCCUUGAUUUCCACGGCCCUGGCAGGACCAUGGGUUAACAUAUGUGCCAGCCAACCUUCCAAUGAGAUCCGGACAUGCGACAGCUAUGGCUGUGGACAGUACUCUGCUCAAAGAACCAACAGGCGUCAUCCAGGUGUGGAUGUCCUGUGCUCGGACGGAUCUGUUGUGUACGCACCUUUCACUGGGACGAUAGUGGGCCAGGAGAAACCCUACAGAAACAAAAACGCCAUCAACAAUGGCCUUCGCCUGUCUGGAAGAGGUUUCUGCGUCAAAAUUUUCUACAUUAAACCAAUUAAGUAUAAAGGUUCUGUCAAGAAGGGAGAGAAGCUGGGCACCCUGCUGCCCUUGCAGAAAGUUUACCCCGGUAUCCAGUCGCACGUGCACAUUGAAAACUGUGACUCCAGUGACCCCACGACAUACCUGUGA